AUUUUAAUACUUAGCAACAAAAAUAAAGAAAUAUGAGAUGUUAAAUUCAUUUCCUGUCCGAUCGUUACACAUGAGAGUCUUUAGAUUUAUUUUUCAAGUCGGGUUAGUAAUCCUCUUUUUGCCGGGACAGGUUGCUCAACGUGAAAACCAUCUGCGAGUAUCAGAAAAAUGGGAAUUUUAGAACGAAUAGCUGAAAUUGAGUCCGAGAUGGCCAGGACUCAGAAAAACAAGGCGACGAGCGGUCAUCUUGGUCUCCUCAAAGCCAGACUAGCAAAACUUCGCAGAGAACUCAUCGAGCCUAAAGGUGGGGGUGGAGGAGGGGGAGAGGGUUUUGAUGUUGCCAAAACCGGAGACGCCCGUAUUGGAUUUGUAGGUUUCCCAUCUGUAGGAAAGUCUACUCUACUUAGUAAUCUAGCUGGAGUCUAUUCGGAAGUGGCUGCCUAUGAAUUCACCACCCUAACAACUGUUCCCGGUGUUAUACGAUACAAAGGGGCAAAAAUUCAGUUGCUUGAUCUUCCCGGUAUCAUUGAGGGAGCCAAGGACGGUAAAGGGCGUGGAAAACAGGUCAUUGCAGUUGCUCGGACCUGCUCCCUUAUCUUCAUUGUACUCGACGUCCUGAAACCUCUACAACACAAGAAGCUCAUCGAGCACGAGUUGGAAGGAUUUGGGAUCAGACUCAACCAAUCACCACCCAACAUUGGAUUCCGUCGGAAAGAAAAAGGCGGAAUAAACCUUCAAACUUUGGUUCCUCAAUCUGAGCUAGAUAUUGACUUGGUGAAGACAAUUCUUGGGGAGUACAAGAUGCACAAUGCUGACAUUGUCCUCCGCUCCGACUGUACGGCCGAGGAACUGAUCGAUGUGGUGGAGGGGAACCGUGUCUACAUCCCGUGUAUAUACAUCCUAAACAAGAUCGACCAGAUCUCUAUAGAGGAACUGGACAUUAUCUACAAAGUCCCUCACUGUGUCCCUAUCUCGGCCCAUCACAAGUGGAACUUUGACGAUUUACUGGAGAAGAUGUGGGAAUACCUGGGACUCGUCAGAAUUUACACCAAGCCCAAAGGUCAGCUGCCGGACUACACAUCACCUGUAGUGGUCAAGAUAGACAAGUGUACAGUGGAGGACUUCUGUAACAAGCUGCACAGAGCCAUCAUCAAGGAGUUCAAAUAUGGCCUAGUCUGGGGGUCCUCUGUCAAGCACCAGCCACAGAAAGUUGGGAAAGAGCACACGCUUCAUGACGAGGACGUGGUACAAGUUGUCAAGAAAGUGUGAUCGUAAGCAACCUGUGACAUAUUUAUCUGAUGUUUGAAAUUACUUCAUUACCAACCCUGAACUUAUCACAUUGACACAGUACAUUUGCAAAGAUAAAGUGAUUAAUUUUUUCUGAUUACCAAAACUGAUACCCUAUAAAGAUUAUUGUUAUGAAUGAAAAAGGGAACCUUUUGACUCAGCUAUAAAAUCAGAGGCCAGAUUGUGGAGUUAGUGGUGCAGUGUAUUUGUUUUGACGCUGUGUCUAGGUGAUGACUAAAAAGAUAUGGAUGCCUUGUUAUUAACGGACACCAAACACUCAACAUUCUGGGAAUUUCAUGUUGGUGAACAGGACAAACCAAUCCAUGUAUUAAAACUUUAAAGCUUUUGACCUCUGUAUGCAAUUAUAUUGGUGCGUUUGUCUUUCACAUUGUAUCUCUUGGCAAUUACCGGUAUACAAUUGAAUAAAGAGAAAAAUUAACAUGAUGGUG